GAACGCAAGGGACUUUUGGGGAAAUAACGUAAAGUUGGGUAAGUGGCCAAUAGUCCCAACCAAGAAAAGACUCGUGCAACACCUGAUUCUCAACUCUCCAAACUCAAAUGUGGCGGUGCUGAUGAUGAGGCCAAUUAAUUCUCACUUCUAAGAAUUGGGUCCUUCUCGUCUCCGUUGAUAUACGAUGAUGGGAUUUGGGUCUUAUGUUGGGAACGCUCAUGGAGGAGGAUCUUCAAAUUUAUCAGCUUUAGCACCACCUUUCACCGUCGACCGAUCCAUCCCCAAACCUGCAGCUACCCCACUUGUUGAUUUGGGUGAACCCUUGAAUUGGCUUGAUUCUAAUCCUUACACUUUUAAUUCACCCCAACCGGCUCAACUGCCUCAGCUGGAUUUAGACCCGACUCCCACUCCUUCCUAUAACCAAAAUUCGGAUCUUUUUGAACCCAAAACCUAUUAUCCUUCCUAUGUCUCACCACCCCUUCAUGUGCCAACUUUCAAUGAGCAGAGCUUGCCUGGCCUGGACCAUACGGCUCAAUGGGCCGGUGGCUUGUGGGAUUGGGAGAAAGGGAAGCCGGCUCAGCUUGGUGGGAGUUUUUAUUCGAAGGAGACGUCUGUAGCUCCUUCCUCCAUUUACAUGGAUCAUAUCAACCUUGGAGCUCAUCCCUCCAAAAGCCUAAAGACAUGCGAAGAAACUUCAUAUAAUAUUUAUUCACUUAGGGAAGAUCAAGCUGGGCCUGCUAAUAUUGAAAAGCUAGAUUAUAACCCUGUCCUGGGGCAAAAUCCAUCAUUCAUGCCUGUGGAUUACUUGAAGACAUCAGUUAUCGGGUCCAGUUCAGCAAUUUCUGAAGCCAACUUGCAGGCACCUCCGUUAAAUCUGGUAAAUUGCAAGAACAAUCAUGUGCAAAUCAGCACUCCAUAUGAGAAACCAUUGAGACAGCACGGUACUACUUUAAGUGAUAGUAUACCUUCCGUGAAGUCUUCGCCUGGGGUUGUUAUUAGACCACCAGCUGUUGGUACCAGCUCUUCAGCAUCAAAUUCUGUUUCAUUUAAAAAUGUUAAUACUGGCAUUAAUGCAACUGAUACAAAUUUGGUUGGCAAUAAUCAUUCUACUGUGAAGGAGCCUCGUUUUUUGUUUAACUUUGGUAGCAAAAAUGAGUUUGACGCAAGUCAACUCAGCUUUCUCGUUGAUGGAACUUGUUAUAUGUCUGGGGAAUCGUUAACAAGCACUGAAAAGCUUUCAACAAGAAAUAUGGCCUCUAAGGAUGCCUCUGAUAAUUUCUUCGGAGCAAAAUCUGGAGUUAAUUUGUCUCGAAUUAGUCCAGAUAAUUUCAGUUUGGCACUUGAGAAUAAUGAAGCAGUCAUGGCUGUGGAGAAUUCUUUAGAGAGUUUAGAUCAUUACAACCCUCCUGUUGACUCACCUUGCUGGAAAGGAGCUCCAGCUUCUAAUAAUUCCCCAUUUGGUUCUUCUGAGGCUGUUGCUGUGCAGCUUGUAAAGAAACUUGAAGCAUGCGAUGGUUCAAAUGGUCCAGUGCUUAAAUUUAUUUCUUCGAAUACUGCUAACAUAGUUAAACAUCCUUCAGGAAAAGCAGGUGAAAUUUUGAUGUCUGAUGAAAAUGGGAAUGUGGAAAAUGGUUCAAUGUCUUCUCUGAAAUUGCCGCCAGUCUCCAUCCCGUCUUUUAAAGAACGUGAACCUGAUGAAGCUAGGAAAGCAGGAUCCCAUAAAAAUAAAGCAAGUUCUGCCUGUGAGAUCAAAUUCUCUGAUAAUGCAAGUGAAUGGAAGAAAGAUUAUGUCUUAUUUGACAAGUCAGUGGAUGAGGUUGAGAAGGCAUCUUACACUGGUCAACAAUGUCUUCCGGAAGGUAGAUUAGCUUCUAAAAAUUUGUGCAGAUCUGAGACUGGCGUUGCUGAUCUUGAGAUGAAGAUAAAUGAUGUCAUGGGCUGUGGUUCAUCUCAUAUGUCAUGCCAUGGUGUAAAGCAUUUAUCGUGUGCACCAUCCUCUGUAGAAGAUGUUUCUACAAAGCAUACUAAAUUCUUAGGCAAAGAACCCAUUUCAAAUAGCAGCAUCAGUGUUCUGGUAGAUACAAUGCAUAACCUGUCAGAAUUGCUUCUAUAUCACUUCUCCAAUGAGGCAUGUGAAUUAAGGGAACAAGAUGUCAAGUCCCUUGAAAAAGUAAUCAACAAUCUCGAUACAUGCAUGUCAAAAAAUAUCGGACAAGAGACAUUAUUGAGUGAGCUACAUAAGGGAACAAGCAUGGGAAGCCCCCAGGUGGCAGCUAUUGAUGUUCUAAGUCAGCAUGCGCAAGCGAAGAGGAAGCAUUUUGGUAAGAAAGAUGAGAAAUGUUCUGAUUUUGUUUCUGUGAGGAGUGGUCCAGACAUAAAAGUGAAAAAUGAUAAGAUGACCCAGGUUAUAAAGAAGGUUCUUAUUGAGAAUUUUCAUGAGAAGGAAGAGGCACACCCACAAGUUCUCUUGUAUAAGAAUCUAUGGCUUGAGGCAGAAGCUGCUUUAUGCUCCAUCAAUUACAUGGCUCGCUACAAUAACAUGAAGAUUGAAAUAGAAAAAUGCAAAUUGGACACAGAAAAAGAUUUGUCAGAAGACACACCAGAUGAGGACAAAAUCUCAAGGUCUAAAUUAUCUGCUGAUCUAAACACCAAUAAGAAAUUAACAGCAAUAGCAGAGAGUGCACCAACCCCAGAUGUUUCUAACCAAAAUUUUCCUAUAGCAAGCUCCAGCAACCAUGCUGAUGAUGUCACAGCCAGAUUUCAUGUAUCAAAACACCGGCUUAACAAUUCAAAUUCUGUUCAUACUAGAGAUGCAGAUGAACUCUCGAGCUCAAAGCUUUCUUUAGAUACGGAUGCGAUUGACAAACUGGCAACUGAAGUAAAGGAUAGCUCAACCUCAAGUCUGCGAACCCAAGACUCCCCUGCACCAGGCACAGCCUGCCAUACAGAUGAUGUUGAAGCCUCCAUCAUGGCUAGGUUACAUAUCCUGAAAAGCCGAGGCAUUGUUGAUUUGGAUUCCAAUGAGAUGGAACAGAAACCACUGCCAGAGGUUGUUGAUCUUGGAUUUGCAGGAAAGAAAAUGCAAAUACCCAUUGAUGAAGACACAGCAGAUGAUCAAAUUUCGGGUUUUAAUCUGGAAUCUGUCUCACAGAACCAAGUGGUUGACUAUGCUGGAGAACAGUUAGUUGUGAAGGAUUUUCAUCCAUGUGUCAAGCAUGAUUGCACAAUACAGUCUCCCAAGAGCGCCAGGCUUGGAAAUCAACUCUCUGCAGGCUGGUAUGACAGCUGUUCUUCAGACUGGGAGCACGUAUUGAAGGAGGAGCUUUCAGGACAGAACAGUUGAACCUAAAUUUGUUCCAGGCUGUACCCUAUGGUAAAUGAUAUCUUGUUUCCCGGUAAACAUUUGUAUAAAGUGUGUGGAACACCAACUGAGUUGCUUAGAACUUGACUGCUCUCCAACCUUGUAAAAAGCUGGUAAAAACUUAUUUCGAAUAAACCUUUAUGCUUCUUUCUUUUCUUGUUUGA